AUGGCUUCUAUUUUCCCAGCGGGGUUAAGGAACGGGGUUAAAGGCCUCGACGCCAACCGAUAUGCAACGAAGAAGACAGUGGCGCAGGGUAUGCUGGACAUAGCACUCCUCACCUCAAAUGCAUCACAGCUGAAGUACGUGCUACAAGUUGGUCCUAAGCAUGAGUUUUACAUGCUCCUUCUGGUUCUUAUAUCGAUCUCUAUUAUUCUGCAGGUGGCGAUGGGGCUGGUGCUUCUAACACUGAACUUGCUUCGAGACUGCAGAUUCCAUGAGCCACAGCAUCGAACCUCCGCGCUUCAUAUAAACUAUGGCACAACCGCCACCGCAUUUUUACUUCUCGUUGGCUUACUGUUCGUAAUGAUUGGUGGACUGGACCUAAAUGAUGACGCAGACCAGCCCUCCGCAGUCGUACUCAAUGACGUCAUAGUUAUAUUCAUAUUCGUUAUAUCCGUCACAAAUAUUGUCAUAUCCGCAUUUGGUAUUGAAUAUUCAAACAACCCUUUGGCGAGCGCGGGAAUCCUGGCCUUAGUUAUUUCGGCUAUGGAUGGAGAAAAUAAUAAUAGACAGAAGAAAAUAGCUGAUUGGCUUUACCAUAUUUCCGUGGGAUUGAUGACAGGUAGUUUCAGCCAUAGCUGCCAUCGUUCUCGGUUUCAUUUUUGAUAUUAAUCACCA